AGUAUUCAAAAUUAGUCUAAAGGUGGAAUGGAAUUUACAACAAACUUGGAGAGAUCUCUCUCAGAGGAGAGUGAAUCCCAAACAACCCCAUUCCACAGCCUACCACCAGAAAUAUUUUAUAAUAUCUGCCGCAAUCUAGAUGUUAAGUCAUUAGUAGGAAAUUUAAGUGCCACCUGUAGAUACUUUAAUUAUUUAUUACAAGAGGAAAAUGCGUUAUUUUGGAAAACGUUGAUGAGAACAAAAUGGCCAAAUUGUGGCAGAUAUCCUGCUGUAAAUAUCCCAGAAAAUAAAAUUAAUUGGAGGAAUGUUUGUCUAGGUUGGGAGAAAAUAGAAGAUGUAUGGAAAAACAAUAAAGGUAGUAUGAUUGAAUUUUCCAACAACAGGGAUUUUGCAGGCGUUGUUGAUUGCUGUUUGUUAUAUGAUAAUGGCAAUAAAUUAGUCACUGGUUCGCGGAAUAAAUCAUUGCAAAUAUUCGAUUUGGAAAAAUUACAGAACAAAAUUCCAUUUUUGGCUAAUGUUCAAGCAUCAGCAAAGACAAAUGCACAUUCCGGUUGGAUAUGGUGUAUGGAAGAGAGACAAGGCAAAUUAGCUACCGGAAGUUGGGAUACUUCAAUAAAAAUAUGGGAUUUAAAUAAUAUUGAAGAGGCUGAGACAUCUUUUAAAGCUGAAUCUCCUAUUUUAUGUCUAAGAAACGAGGAGCAUAAAAUUUUAGCAGGAUCUUUUCAUAAAAAAUUGUAUACAUUCGAUAAAAGGGUUGAUGGAGAAUGUUGUAAAUCUUUCCGAAUGCACACUAGGCCAAUUUUGGCUAUUGACUGUUGUGAUAAAUACGUAAUUACUGGUUCCGAGGAAGGGACAAUUAAAAUUUUGGAUAGAAGGCUUUUAAAAUCACCUCUAAAAGUUAUAACUCUGCCAAAACAGGACGAAAAAGUCGUAUAUCCAACAGCCAUUUGUUAUAACGGCUAUACUUGCUGGGUUGGUGAUAGUAUGGGUAAUUUAACAUUAAUUAAUGCAGCUAACAAUUUUGAAACGGAAAAUUCUAUAAAUGCUUUGGAUAAACGACGAAUUGGCACCAUUCUUGAGAGGUCUGGGGGUAUCUUUGUGGCUGGUGGUCGACAGCAAAAUCGUUCGUAUGUCAAUAUCUACACACCAACUAAUAAACCAACACCAAUUGCUUCUAUAGAAUAUACGCAAGAAAUAUCAAGAAUUUCGGAGAUGAAUGGAACGUUGGCAAUUGGUUUAACAGAUGGUGGAAUUAAAAUUUGGAGACCAGCUUUAGAUGUAAAUUGA